AUGUUUGUGAUGGAUGUGAACCAUGAGAAGUAUGACAAGUCCCUCAAGAUUGUCAGCAACGCGUCCUGUACCACCAACUGCUUGGCCCCCCUGGCCAAGGUCAUCCAUGACAACUUCGGCAUCGUGGAGGGACUCAUGACCACAGUCCAUGCCAUCACUGCCACCCAGAAGACCGUGGAUGGUCCCUCUGGGAAGCUGUGGCGUGAUGGCCGAGGGGCUGCUCAGAACAUCAUCCCUGCUUCUACUGGCGCUGCUAAGGCUGUGGGCAAGGUCAUUCCUGAGCUCAAUGGAAAGCUCACUGGCAUGGCCUUCCGCGUCCCUACCCCCAAUGUGUCGGUUGUGGAUCUGACCUGCCUCCUGGAGAAAGCUGCCAAAUACGAUGACAUCAAGAAAGUGGUGAAGCAGGCAUCGGACGGUCCCCUCAAGGGCAUCCUGGGCUACACUGAGGACCAGGUUGUUUCCUGCGACUUUAACAGUGAUACCCACUCUUCCACCUUUGAUGCUGGGGCUGGCAUUGCCCUCAACGACCACUUUGUCAAGCUCAUUUCCUGGUACGACAAUGAAUUUGGCUACAGCAACAGGGUGGUGGACCUCAUGGCCUACAUGGCCUCCAAGGAGUAA